AUGGCUUUAAGAGCAAAAAAUAAGCUUGGGUUUGUCGAUGGAACAAUACCCAUGUCGGAUGCUGCUGCAACCGAGUAUGCUCGAUGGAUACGAGUCAACGAUAUGGUGGCGUCUUGGCUUCUUCAAUCCAUCACUCCAGAACUUGCAGCUAGUGUCAUUUAUGCAGAUUCUGCUCAUACCAUUUGGGCAGAACUCCAAAAUCGUUUCUCUCAACCAAAUACUACCAAGAUCUAUCAGAUCAAACAAGAUAUCGCUGAUUGGAAGCAACAUAAUCUUUCCGUCAUUGCCUAUUUCACAAAACUCAAAGGUUUGUGGGAUGAACUGACAUCUUAUGUCUCUUUGCCAGAUUGCAAAUGCGGCGCUUCGCAUAAAUUGAAUGCAUUUAUUCAACAGGAUUAUGCCAUGAAGUUUCUUCAAGGACUUCAUGAAUCUUUUGCUCCUCUAAGGAGUCAAGUUCUUCUGCAAGACCCUUUGCCUUCGAUUGCAAAACUUUAUUCUCUAGCACUACAAGAGGAAAAGCAACGUGAGAUAUCUUCUAUCUCUAGUACCAAACCUGAAGCAUCGACCCUUAUUUCACGUGGGCAAAAGGGUCGACCUCAUUGUGACCAUUGUUCUAUGGAUGGCCACACCAUCCAUACUUGUUACAAAUUGCAUGGAUAUCCUCCAAAGAAAGGAGAUGCUUCGCCUCUAAUACUUGUACUUAUUGCAAAAGGAUUGGUCACACAAAGUGACAACCUGUUACAAGCUUCAUGGUUAUCCUCCAAAGCAAGCAUCGCCAAGUCCUUCCCAGUAGAAGGGUUUUCAAGGCUGCGAGGACAUAUUGAGAAUACCACACCGCCUCCAACUCUCAAAAUCCUACCAUCUCACGAUCAAUAUGCACAAAUACUUACCAUCCUUCAACAAGGUAGUACUCGCCUAGUGUGA